AUGACCGAUGUGAAAACACAAAACGCGAUAACACUCAAAGGAUCGGCGACACUCGUCAAGGAGUUCUUUCAUUUCGGCAUCAACAGCAUUCUCUAUCAGCGAGCGCUGUACCCGGCGGACAGUUUUAAGCGCGAGAAACGCUACGGACUGGCACUUUUUGUGACUCAUGACAAGAAGUUGCAGGCGUUCAUGGAUCCGUUCCUUCAGCAAGUUGAAUAUUGGCUCGCCAAAAAGCAGCUCAAACGUCUGGUAAUGGUCAUUUCGGAGGUGAAGACCAAGGAAGUUGUCGAGCGGUGGCAAUUCGAUAUUCAUACCGAGGAUGUGGCUGAGGACGGAGAAAACGCGCAUCGUGUCAAGGACGAGAAGAAGAUUCGACAGGAGAUGAGCGAUGUGCUUCGCCAAAUCACCGCCUCUGUCUCGUUCCUGCCACUUCUCGAGGAGCCGUGCUCGUUCGACGUGCUCAUCUACACUGGAAAAGACACCCAGGCGCCAGAGGACUGGACUGAAAGUGGCGCCUGCUUGAUUCCAAACUCGGAGACGGUCCAACUUCGCUCGUUCUCCACAUCGGUCCACGGCGUGAACACCAAUGUACAGUACAAGGCGGAUUUUUAA